CUGGUUGAAUAACUAUCUAUCGCGAAUAACGUCUAUCGCUAUAAGAGUACAUAGAUUUAUGUAUGAGAGUAUAUUGUAUUGUUCUAUGGAUUUUUUGACGUUUAGAAAUGUAAAUAAUUACAUUUUCUUAACAAUUCGGUAAUAUUUAAUAUGACCGCCGAUCACAGUCCGGGUAGCCCACUAGACAUUGGCGAUACCGAACAAGCUGUUCUGAUGGAUCCAAUUGAUCACGAACGGUGCAGGUAUCCUUAUUGUAUAGUCUGGACACCUAUUCCGGUGCUGACAUGGAUUUUCCCUUUUCUCGGUCAUAUGGGAAUUUGCACAUCCAACGGAGUAAUCAGAGACUUUGCAGGCCCCUAUUUUGUGUCUGAAGAUUUGAUGGCUUUUGGAAACCCUACAAAGUAUUGGCAACUGUCACCGCAGAAAGCUAACAAUGGUCAAGCUGGUUGGGAUUCUGCAGUCACUGAAGCUUCAGAGAUAUAUAAAAAAAGGAUGCAUAUCAUAUUUUAUGACAAUUGUCAUUCACAUGUUGCAACAGCACUGAAUAUCAUGAAUUAUGGUGGAUGCAAAAACUGGAAUAUGGUCAAAUUGGCAUUUUACAUGAUACCUUACUCAAAAUAUGUUAGUUUUGGAGCAUUUCUGAAAACAUGGUUACCAUUCCUUAUUAUAGUAGCAUUUAUUUGUGGACUUGCAGCUCUCAUAUAAGUGAUUGUUGAAGAUUGUGUAUUACUUAACUUGAUGAUAUCUGUUAAGGAUCUAUACAAUAUUAUUCUACUGUUCAAUUU